AUUAAGAUCCCUGUGCAUAUCUUGAAGAAAUCAAUUGAUAGAAUUGAUGCAGUAAAUGACAAUAAGUCGAUACAAAAUAUUGAAUAUCACCUUUACUUGUGGAAUUCCACCAAGACAUUAUUGAAGCCUCUGUGUAAGUCCUUGAUUAUAAAUUCGAAUCAGGUGUGGACAGGGAGGCAACAGGUGAACAUAAAGAAUGUCAAAGCCAACACUGUGAUUCAUAUUCGGUUUUUGUAGAAACUUGUAAAUGGAGGAUUUAUGCAUAUUGACAUUAGUCAACAAAUUAAACAGUACGUUCGACGAAGAUCAGUGACAAAUGAGACAGAGAAAGCAGAGUUGAGGCGAUAUAUAAGCCUUGAAGUUGAACUAGCAGACGAAAAUGAGCGAAAUAUAAGUCACAUAUCUAUAUGUGCAGUGUUAAGAAUACCCUCAAACGAGUUGGUAUCUCAGCUGUAUAUGCAGACAGCUACAGAAAUCAUGUACAAAUCCAUUCAGUCAAGUCCUUAUCCGCUAAUAACUCAGCAAAUGAUGAUACAAGUAUUGAAACAGAAAGAAAGUGGCCAUUUAGAUAGUACAGAGGAUAUAUUUAUGACGUGUAUGUCUACUUGUGUUGACGAUAGAGGAAAAAGAAGCUUUGACAUGGAAAUGAUCGAAUCUAGCCUACUGCAGGACCCACUGACACAGAAAAGGCUACAGCACCCAGUGAAAAGCAUAUAUUGCAAACAUAAAUCGUGUUUUGAUGCCUCUACAUUUUUUGAUCAUCAUGCAGACCUUCAGCUCUGGCACUGUCCUAUUUGCUUUGUUCAGAUAAAGCAUCUGGAGGUAUUUUGAAACAAUAUGACAAAGCUAUUCUUUUAAUAUAUACUUACCAUAAUGCAGGAACUAAGGAUGGAUUAUUUGACAAAACUAGAGAUUGAACAGCACCAUCAAGCGGAGCCAUUAUACAUCAUGAGGAACGACCUUGUAUUAACUGAAACGGGACUGUUUGCAUUUCAAAGAGAACCCCAUAACCAUCCGCUUGACACUCACGUUAAUAAGAGAUUAAAGACCCUGGCUCAUGUCCAGGCAACUUGAGCCUUCACAAAAUGUAACUUUUUAUAUAAGACUAAGUAAAUAAAAUAAUGGAUAGCGU